CGCUGGUUUGUAAACAAAUCUCGAUCGUGCCAAACUGAAAGAUGCAGUUAGCGUUGAUAUUGCGUGUAAAUGGCUGAGAUUUUGCUAAUCGAACCGUUUUACGGUGGCUCUCAUAAACAGCUGAUAGAUUUACUCUGCACGCUGCCAAACCACGCGCUCUACACUUUGCCUGCCAAGAAAUGGCACUGGCGUGCAAGGACGUCUGCGUUGUAUUUCAGUCAAAUCAUUCCUUACUCACACAAAUAUAGGGUUUUGUUCACCAGCUCCGUUCUCAACCUGGCUGAGUUGGUGGCACUGAGGCCUGAUUUGGUUUCUCUGAAGAAAGUCUUGUAUUUCCACGAGAACCAGUUGGUGUAUCCAGUCAGAAAGCAGCAGGAACGAGACUUCCAGUAUGGAUAUAACCAAAUACUGUCAUGUCUUGUGGCUGAUGAAGUUGUUUUCAACUCCAACUACAACAAAGAUUCAUUCCUGUCAAACAUCCAGUCGUUCCUGAAGCUAAUCCCUGACCAUCGUCCAGCCGGUUUAGUCAAUGUGAUUAGACCCAAGUGUCGAGUGAUCUAUUUCCCGUUGUGUCUUCUUCACAUCACAGACUCAUCUUCUGACUUGGUACAUGAUGAUGACGGUGAAAUGUUGACAUCUGAUGCAGCUUUAAAUGUUGACAAGAAAAUGUUGAACAUUUUGAAGGUUAAUGGUGAAAUGUUGACAUUUGACACAGCUUUGAAUGUUGACAGGGAAAUGUUGAAAUCUGAUACAAUUUUGAAUGUUGAUAGUGAAAUUUUGACAUCUGACACAGCUUUGAAUGUUGACAGGCAAAUGUUGAAAUCUGAUACAAUUUUGAAUGUUGAUGGUGAAAUGUUGACAUGUUACACAGCUUUGAAUGUUGACAGGCAAAUAUUAAAAUCUGAUAUAGUUUUGAAUGUUGAUGGUGACAUGUUAACAUCUGACACAGCUUUGAAUGUUGACAGAGAUGUGUUGAAAUCUGAUAGCAUUUUGAAUGGUGAAAUGUUAACAUCUGACACAGGUUUAAAUGUCAGCAAUGAAAUGUUAUCUUCUAGUGCCAGUGUAAAUAAUGAAUGUGAAGAAUUGAAGGCAAAACAGUCAACAUCUUCAGGAACAGCCAUUGAUGUUGACAGUCAGUUGUCAACGUCUGGAACUGCUGUAGACAUCAAAACUAGAUUCUUAUCCAUUUCGGGUACAGCUGUGGAUGCAGACAAUUUACUGUCAGCAUCUUCCAGUACAGCUGUAGAUAUUGACAGUAGACUCAAAACUUGUUUUUCUGGUACAGCUGUAGAUGUUGACAGGAGAAUGUUGAGUUCUUUUUCUGGUACAGCUGUAGAUGUUGACAAAAGACUCCACAUUUGUUUUUCUGGUACAGCUGUAGAUGUUGACAGUAGACUUAAAACUUGUUUUUCUGGUACAGCUGUAGAUGUUGACAGUGGACUUAAAACCUGUUUUUCUGGUACAGCUGUAGAUGUUGACAGUAGACUUAAGACUUGUUUUUCUGGUACAGCUGUAGAUGUCGACAGUACACUGAUGAAUUCGUUAUCUGGUACAGCUGUAGAUGACAGUGGGAAGGUUAAACCAAAAACAGCUACAGCAGCAGACUGUGCAAUAUCUACAUCAUCUGGUACAGCUGUGGAUAUUUACACACAGACUGAUGAUAGAAAAGAAUGUGAAACAGAAUAUGGAACAGAUGAAUUAGUUUUAUCCAAAUUAAAAGUUUUAGAAAAGAAAAUAUCUGCGGAAGCAGUUUUUGAUGAGGUUGUUCGAGCAGGCGGGGGUGAUGGCUGUGUUAAAUGUUGCCAACAUGGAGAACAGAAGUCACGUGAUGAGGCAGAUAUAUUUAAAUAUUCUGACAAAUCCUGCCACAACAGCAGUCCAUGUGUCGUCCAUAGUACAGACUGCACUCAUAGUACCCACUCGGAUGUUCCCACACAGUGUGACAGUGUUUUGACAGACCGCUCAGAAUGUGGACCAACCGUAAUGUCUUCCACUGAUAAUGUGGUUAAACUGGCUUCCCAAGAAGAUGGUCGAGUUCUGCAUAUCUUGUGGGCUCAUCGAUGGGAACAUGACAAAGACCCAGCCACAUUUUUCAAUGUUCUCUACAGACUGCAGGACGAGGGAUGUCGGUUCAAGGUGUCAGUCCUGGGAGAGUAUUUUUCUCAAGUUCCAGAAGUGUUUGUGGAGGCUCAGGAGCGACUGUCGACACAGAUAGUAACCUGGGGUUACCAGACUAAACGAGAUGAUUACUAUACAGCCCUACGUCAUGCUGACGUGUCCGUGUCAACCGCACACCAUGAAUUCUUUGGGGUGGCCAUGUUGGAAUCGGUUUCCCUUGGGUGUUAUCCUCUGUGUCCUAAUCGACUCGUUUACCCAGAAAUCUUUCCAGCUGAAUGUCUGUACGGAACAUCAAAUCAGUUAUUUAAACGACUCCGAACAUUUUGUCAAAAUCCGCAUCUAUCGGGCAGAGUUGAAUCAGUCAUUUCUGUUGACAGAUUCAGCUGGAAAUGCCUUAAGAGGCAAUAUGAAGAACUGUUGCAGUCAUAAAGUGUGAACUGUCUUUCUUAAAAGUAUAACUCUAGUCACGCAGCCAAAAACAGAUUAUUGAUCCCAUCCGUCCAUCCAUACAUCCAUUCAUACAUCCAUUCAUACAUCCAUCCAUACAUCCAUCCAUCCAUCCAUCCAUCCAUCCAUCCAUCCAUUCAUCCAUCCAUCCAUACAUCCAUUCAUACAUC